AUGAACGGCGCCGAAACUAGGAGAGGCGGGUCUGGUGGCGGAGGAGUAGGAGGAAGAGGGGAAGAUGGCUACAGACGCAUGCCUGCACCUGCUGUACAACCACCAUCGUUGUCAGACGUCGCACCGACGGCAAAGGCACUAGUCGACGGCUACAGGAAUGAGAUUCUCGGGGGAGUAGAGGGUGACAAGGCGAGAAUUAGCCCACUAAACACAAACCAACCGCAAACAUCGCCUCUCGUCGAUCUUAAAGACUCGAUUCAGGUGCAUCUCUUGACCGAAACGGCGUUAUCGGACAGUAAAAGCUAUGAAAUCCUCUCGCAAGAGGAGGUUGACGGCCUCAAGAAACAGAUUCAGUCACUGGGAAUGCGCGUCGAACAGGCGAGGGCGAACCUGGCUAUACAGUCCAAAUACCGCGAUGCAGCAGUUUCAAUGGCCAAACUCUACUCGCCUGGCGGCAAAAGAAAGAGUCUGCUGGGUAACCGUAUGAGUGACUCGGCCAAAGAAGCAGAGAUGGAAAAGGCCACCAGUGAACGCCGUUGUGAGGAACUGGCUUCAGAGCUGUUUCACCUAGAAAAAGGUUUGAUGGAGCCUCAGCGGCGUCUGCUCCAACACACUGCCGGCGUCCUGCAGCUAACCCAUAGGGCGUCCUCGAAGAAGUCCGGACAGCCGCAGCUGCUUGGUCAGCCGAUGAACGGCAUGCCAGGAAGCCCCGAGAGUCUCUAUACCUACACCAACACGAGGAACAGCAUGGAGAUCCCCAACGAGCAGCUCGAUUUCAACAACAAAGAUAAGGACUUGUACCUGUCGCUCGAAACGGAUGGGCCGCCAGCCACCCGUGCGCGUAAGAACACACUGGAGAUUCCUAUCAAGUCCCCUAUCCGCGAGCAAAAUGCCCAGCUGCGGGAACUACGUGAGGAGGUGGAGCGCUACAAAGAGGAGAUUGCGCGCAUGAAAGAGGAGAAUGCGCAGCUCAAACGAUCCGAGGAGCAGCUGAGCCAAGAUUAUGCCCGCGCCGAGGCGGAAAAGACAAGACUGGAGGAGAUGGAGGAGCAGCUCAGGGAGGAACAUGCCAGGGUCAUGGAAGAGAACUCUCGCAUGAAGGACGAAACAAUGCGCUCCAAGGACGAGAGCGGGUCGAGGCUGCAGGAGGCUGAUUCACGAAUGAAAGCGAUUGAGCAGCAAAUGGGGGCCCAAAUGGACGCGCUGCAGGCGCAAGCUUCGGAGCAACAGAGGGCUAUCUCGAUGACGGAAUCUAGGCUCGAGGAUUUGAACGACAAGCUCCGUGAUCUGAUCGUCGCAUUCAACCCGGCCAAGAAUGAAGAAUUUGGUCGUCCGGACGCUGAUAACCUCGAGGCGCAGCUGGACUAUCUGGAAAAUGGUCUCAACACGGCGAUCACUGAGCAGCAGCAACAGGCUGCUAACUUGACCAAAACCGACAAGGUGGCAGCUGAAGCGGCCGCAGCAUCCUCCGAGGCCGCCGCGUUGGCAACAACUCUUUCCAAGGUCGAAUCCUCGUUUGGGCAAACUGAGGUCCGUCUGCAGAAUUUGAACCGCCAAGUCUUGUUCAUUCUUCAGCAGGCCAAUGUUGACCAGGCACCACCGCCCGAGGGAGAUCUCAAUGUCCAGCUCAACUACUUGGAGGACUCGGUCGACAAGGUCAGUUCUGAGAUUGGGAGAGUUGUUGAGGCCUCGAUGGCCGGCUCGGCUAGCAAGCGUGAUCUCGAGCAAGUCGAUGCUGUGCUCAUGGGUCUGUGGGAGAUCAUCCAGACUGGUUAUGCCGAGAUUGCUCAGCAAAAGGCAGCACGCAGACAAGCCCGUGCCCUGGGCCAAGGCACCCCAGACGAUGACGAGGAUUUGUCAAGCAACGAGUUUGAAGGCGACACGAACGAACCGUACUCCCUGUCGGCAUUCUCUGCCAAGGUUCAAUGGCUCUAUGCGCAAGCGACUGGUCUUCGAGAGCAAAAGUACAUCCUUCAACGGCAGAUCAAGCAACAGCGUGAGCUCAACAACCGCAGCGAAUCUGAAAAAGACCAGGAGCUUCAAGCCAAGAAGGAGGAGUUGGAGAAGACCCAUAUGCUCCUCGACGACAGCGAGCGUGCCGCCCAAGAAGCCCAAGAAAAGCUCCAAAAGGUCCUUGUCGACCUCGACUCCAUGCAGAAAGCCAGCGCCGCCAACGAAACGGCCUCUGCCUCCUCGGUCAAGGUUGUUCAGGAACAGCUCAAGGAGCGCAACGCCCAGGUGUCUGCUCUCGAGUCAGAGUACAGUGCCAUUCAGGCACGUCUCGCCACCGUGGAGUCCAAUAUGUCGUCUGUUCAGAACCAGCUUAUCCAAGCCAACGAGUCCCGUGUUGCUGCCGAGGGUGAGGUGGCUGCUCUCAAGUCCGAACUGGCUGCCGCAAGCGAAGCCUCUGCCAACGCGGGCAAAGAGGUUGAGAAGCUGCAGGCCGACCUGAAGCAGAAGGACGAGGAGCUCGAGGCAAUGAACAUGAUGGUGAUUGAACUUAAGACGGAGAUGACCAUCGCCAAGGCCGAGCUCGACGGUGCCUACGGUUCGCGUAAGCAGCGGGCGGCGGAGGCGGCCAAGUUUUCCAACACUGCCGAGACAGCUGAGCUCAACGCCCAGGUGGUCAAGCUGCGGUCUGAGUUGGAAGCUGCCUUGCGUGAUCUGGAGGACAUCACCAAAGAGAGCAUCAAUUCUGAAAAGGAGAAGCUGGAUUUGGAGAGCCAGUUGGACGAUGCUGUGGCUGUGAAGGCGAGGUUGGAGCAAGAGGUCAAGGUGUUGAGGGAUAGGCUGGACAAGGUAAAGGAGGAGUUGGAUAAGGAGCGGUUGAGGCCACCCAACUCGCCUGUGCCAGGUGCCGGAGCGGGUGCCGGAGCUGGAAGAGCCGGGGCUACCAUGUUGAGUGAGCAGUUCCGGGCUACUAUGAAGGAGGAGAGGAGGAAGUUCCAGGAAGAGUUACGGGAGGAACAAUCUAGACGUCGCAAGCUCGAGGACGAGCUCAGGGCACUAAAACGGGGCACCACCGCCAGCGUCGGAAGUCGCGGGGGGCUUCUCAGUCCCAGGUGACAACCAGCAGUCGAGUUGGUUGGCAAAGGCGUGAUCAAGUCCGCGGCCGAGUCCGUGGGCGAGUUUGUGACGGAUGUGGUGGACGACGUGAGCGAGUUUGUGACCGACUUGACUGAUAAAUAGAUGGAAUGGACAACCUUCUACCUUGGGGGGAAACACAAUAAAAAAACAAGGGAAAUCAAUUUUGACUAGGCUACUACUGGAUGACAGGGUGGACAGCCUACAUGAUAUAGAUGGAGGGGAUCGAUGUUGGAAAUUACACAAUCAGGGGUUCUUGUAUAAAACUAGUUGUAUUAAUCUUCUUGUUGGUGGCGGGAUUUGAGGAGCAUUAUCGAUUCUGGGUAUGAAGAAAGGGCGAGAAAGAGACAGACACUGGGCAGCAGGCUUUACAAUUGGCUAUGCUUGCUUUUUUAUUCUUGGAUUAUGCUUGAUGUUUGGAAGCAGUUGUAUGUAGAAAUCAAAGGGGGAAGGGCUAACAUUAUACCAUUUCGUCAAGGCGAGCAAAGUUAUCAGUUUCAAUUUAGGGAAUAAAGAUGGACGGAAGGGUACUACUUUUAGUGAUG